AUGCCUGUAGACUCUAUGCACUCUACAAUAGAAUCAUUCAUAUCAAAGAAAACGAUCUAUGCACCAUCCAUGUGGUCAGCUGCUAUUCGUCUUGCAAGACACAAUCCCCAACCUUACUGUGUGUAUUCGUUGAAUUAUAAAGAAUUUGAUGACUAUUCAACAAUCGUUGAAAUUAUUCCCAAUCAGUCUAACCCCAUAGUAACUGAGACCAGAGAUACAGUAGGAUUUGAAGAAUCUUCCCAGAAUAUGAGAAAAUUAAAAAGAAAAAGGAAAGAUGAUGUGAAUCAGACGAAUGAUAAUAGGAAGAAAAAUCAGUCAGCCAAAGGAAAGCCUCUUCAAAUAUCAAAAGUGCAGAUUGUUGAAAUGGAAGCAGAAGAUGCCAAUAUGCUAGUUUGGUACAGCUAUAUCGAUGAGUUUGGAGAUCAGCAAAUAUUUACUCUUCAAGACGAUGAUAAAGAACUGAAGAAGUGUUAUACUUCGAUAUUGCCAAUAUCAGCAGCAAAGUAUAAGGAUCUCAUGGAACUUUGUAAGCAAACGGCAAUAACCAGCGAUUAUUAUACCGAGUAUGAGACUCUUCCACAUGCCAAAGAAAUUAUUGAUGUACUACCAGAUACAGACGAGGAAGAUGAAGUCUAA